AGAGGAAGUGGUGCAACUCAUUUCCUGCAGCCCCCCGGAAUACACACAGCGAGCAGAGGGGCAAAGCAGCAGCAACAUAAAAAAAAAAACAUCUAAAAAAGGUUUGCGAGUGAAGGACAAAUGGCUCUCCUUGUUAAAGCGACAAAAAUGCAUUGAAUUUCUUUAGCCUUUUUUUAUUUUUUAAUACAGCCGGCUUCCAUUUCCACUCUGUUACACUUUACAUGUUAUGAGGGAACCCGCCCAUAGAAGACAGAACAGUGGAUGGAAGAGCGCGAGAGAGAGUGAAGAGGACGGAGGUUAAGAUACAGGGGCUGGUCAACAGAUCUGGACCACCCUGGCCUGGAUUCUCAGUAUGAGAAUUGCCCCUGGAGCUCUGGUUCUCCCUGCAGCAGAGACAGUAACUGGGACACGGUGCUGGUAGACUCGGUCGGCAGCGACACGCCUUCCUCCUCCUCCUCCUCCUCGGCAGCCGGCAACGACCCCGAGCUCACCUUAGAAUGCCUGGACACGGACUCUGCCUCUAGCUCUGGUGGCUCGGAGAGGAACUUGGUCACCGCGAUGACGUCGUCGUCGCCGCCGCCUCCCGGAGGCCGUAACGGGAACCACUUCUCCCCGUUGACUAACGGCGGCGUUCCUCCCGGUAGCAGCAAUAACAUCAUAACGUGUAACGGGGCGGCGAAUGGCCCGCGGGGGUGCGUGGCCAACGGCUCCGUGGCCAACGUCGGCCCCAACGACGCCUCCGCCCCCGCCGACGGUAGCCACGGCAACAAGCCGAGCCCCUGGGCGUCGGCCAAUGGUGCUGGUCUGACCCCCGGCACUCUGAACCCAAAAGUUAACCACGGUGCCUGGCCCGGUCCCCAGGGACCCUCCGGCUGUAGGAUUGUCCAGCAGGGAGGCUCUCUGGGCUGGGGAGGGACACAGGCGGACAGCCUCUCUCUGUCUGAACAGCCGCAGCGCCUCCUCCUGAAUGAUACCACUGUCAAGACUCGCCACCUUAACACGACCAACGGACCAAAUAACACUACUAACGCCAUCGACACCUCUAGCUUACCAAACUCUACAGGCGGCUCGGUGCACAGGAACGAGUCCGGCUCGGGGCUGCGUUCCUGGGCAGCGGGAGGAGGAGGAGGAGGAGGAGGAGCGGGGUCAGAGCUUGGAAAUCAGCUCUCCAACGGUACCCUGUCUGGCGCCCAGCACCCCCACAGCGAGGGCCUGGCAGGGGGCUUCUCUAAGCCCUGGGGGGGCCUCGGGCCCUGGAGACACUGUAAACGGCCAGGGACACGGCCAGCCCUCCCCUGCUGCUGCUGCUGUUUACAACAGUAAAACUAAC